AUGCCCCAACUUCUCCCAACCCCGUGAUUUACAAUUUUUAUUUACGCCUGAAUAGUCCUACUUGCCGUAAUUCCCCUAAAAAUCCUAUCCUACGUCUACCCAAACCACAACUACCUACGAGGCCUACAAAAACCUUCAGAGCACUCUUGGUUCUGACCCUGGUCUUAA